GACGCUCUCUCCGUCAGCAUUUCCCAACCAACGUCAGGCCAGUCCCUUUCCGCCCUCUCAUCGACAUAGGCGCGUGUCGUUAUAUCCUUUCCGCCGCCGUCUACAGCCGGCGCGCCUCUUGAGGACGAUUGCAGAGCCGUGGCGAUUGUUGCAGACACUCAGUACUGCUACUCGACGUGGAGCACAGCCACUCGCUCGUAGCCUCAUCCUGAUCCUCGCCCAGUCCCAUCCUACCUACUCGCUCUGGGCACGUGCAGACGCAGGCAGACAGGCAGACAUCUGCUCUCUCCCGCCGACAGCAGUCGUUGCUCCCCGGGCUGCGAGCUCUUGCCGACUCGAUAUCCCCACCAUUUAGCCCUCCAGCGAAACACGCGCCCAAUCCACCAUGGCCGACCUUCCGGGCCAGCCCAACCUGCGUGUGACGAUCAUCGCCGCCGACGGCCUCUACAAGAGAGAUGUCUUCCGAUUCCCCGACCCUUUUGCCGUAGCCACCGUCAAUGGCGAGCAAACGAAGACGACGGGUGUCAUCAAGAAGACGCUCAACCCUUACUGGAACGAGAGUUUUGACAUGAGAGCAAACGAAGAAAGCAUCCUCGCCGUUCAAAUCUUUGACCAGAAGAAGUUCAAGAAGAAGGACCAGGGCUUCCUCGGUGUUGUCAACGUCCGUGUUGGCAGUGUCAUCGACCUGGACGCUGGUGGUGAUGAGAUGCUUACUCGCGACCUUCGCAAGAGCAAUGACAAUCUCGUUGUCAACGGCAAGCUGAUUCUCAAUCUCUCUACAAACCUCAAACCCACCGCAACCCCUGCCGCUGCAGCCGCCACCGCCGCCGCCGCCGGCCCUGCCCGUCCCAAUGGUGCCGCUUCAUCCUCUACCUUAGAUGCUCCUCCCCCAGCGGGUGCACAACGCCAGGCCAGCACAUCUGCCGACACGUCAGCUCCCCGCACCGCAGGGUUCAGUGCCUUCGAAGACUCGCAAGGCCGUUUGCCUCCAGGCUGGGAGCGAAGAGAAGACAACCUGGGCCGUACAUACUACGUCGACCACAACUCCAGACAGACAACGUGGGUUCGUCCGACGGCCAGCUACAACGCUGGCGAACAGCGCCAGGCCAACGAAGCAGAGACGCAAGCCCAGCGUGCGCGACACCAGAACCGCAUGUUGCCUGAUGAUCGCACCGGCGCCAGUUCACCAACCUUGUCGGGCGGUCAAAACUCUCCACCUAAUGGUCCUGCCGGAACUUCGAACCCUCAGGCAAUGUCAAUGAUGGCCACUGGCACUACUACUGCUGGCACUGGCGAGCUGCCUGCCGGUUGGGAGCAACGCCAUACACCCGAGGGGCGUGCUUACUUUGUUGACCACAACACUCGCACUACCACAUGGGUCGAUCCCAGGAGGCAACAGUAUAUUCGCAUGUACGGUCAAAAUGCUGCAAACGGCACCAUCCAGCAGCAGCCUGUCUCCCAGCUCGGUCCCCUGCCUAGCGGAUGGGAAAUGCGUCUCACAAACACUGCCCGUGUGUACUUUGUCGACCAUAACACAAAGACAACCACCUGGGACGAUCCCCGCUUACCUUCAUCGCUGGAUCAAAACGUACCGCAGUACAAGCGCGACUUCAGAAGGAAGCUCAUUUACUUCCGUUCUCAACCCGCCCUCCGCAUUUUGUCCGGCCAGUGCCACGUCAAGGUCCGACGUACUCAUAUUUUCGAAGACUCAUAUGCCGAGAUCAUGCGUCAAAGUCCAAGUGAUCUUAAGAAGCGUCUGAUGAUCAAGUUCGAUGGUGAGGAUGGUCUCGAUUACGGUGGUCUCUCUAGAGAGUUCUUCUUCCUUCUGUCUCACGAGAUGUUCAAUCCCUUCUACUGCUUGUUCGAAUACUCGGCCAUCGACAACUACACACUACAGAUCAACCCUCACUCAGGCAUCAACCCUGAGCAUCUUGGAUACUUCAAAUUCAUUGGACGUGUCGUGGGUCUCGCCAUCUUCCACAGGCGCUUCCUCGAUGCCUUCUUCAUUGGAGCGUUCUACAAGAUGAUUCUUCGCAAGAAGGUCAGUCUUGCUGAUAUGGAAGGUGUCGAUGCCGAUUUCUACCGCACCUUGAGUUGGACCUUGGAUAACUCUGUCGAGAAUGUUAUUUUCGAGCACUUCUGUGUCGAGGACGAAGUCUUUGGCGAGAAGGUUACCAUCGACCUUAAGCCUGGUGGUAGAGAUAUUGAAGUGACCGACGACAACAAGAGAGAAUAUGUCGAGCUUGUUACCGAAUGGAGAAUUCAGAAACGUGUCGAUGAACAAUUCAACGCCUUCAUCCAAGGAUUCCACGAGCUCAUCCCGUCAGACCUUGUAAACGUCUUCGAUGAGCGUGAGCUCGAGCUUCUCAUUGGUGGUAUCUCUGAAAUUGACGUCGAUGAUUGGGCCAAGAACACCGACUACCGCGGCUACGACGAGAAGGAUCCCGUUAUCCAGAACUUCUGGAAGUGCAUUCGCACAUGGGACUCUGAACAAAAAUCUCGUCUAUUGCAAUUCGCAACCGGUACCUCUCGUAUUCCCGUCAACGGAUUCAAGGAUUUGCAAGGAAGUGACGGACCCCGCCGCUUUACAAUCGAGAAGUCAGGCGAGGAAGGUCAACUGCCCAAGUCGCAUACCUGUUUCAACCGUCUCGACCUGCCGCCGUACAAGACCUACGAAGCGCUCAACGCUAAGCUUAUAUGGGCCGUGGAAGAGACUGUCGGAUUCGGACAGGAGUAGAGAAGAAAUCCAGGACUGUUUUAAAGUUGUGUUGUGGAAGUUUGGUUGUGGUUCUUUUUUUUCCCCUCUUUUCUUUUAUCCAUCAAUCAUCAGAAUGGGAGGUAACAGUGCUAGGAUAGGGAGGGUUAGAGCAAGAAAGAAAGAAUGGGCUUGUUCUUUUUUCAUGCUCUUUUUCUAUGUGUUUACUUGACCCGCUCUUUUUUUGGGUCCAUCAUCACUACUUACAAGACCUUUGAGAUUGCAAAUGUGGAACAUGGCUGAAUGUACAUCCUCCUUGGUCUUCCAACUUCUACUCCUUGCGUGUGCAUUCCAUCAUCCUUAUUGGAUACUGGUCGACACGGUUUUGAACACUGGGACCUUUCUUUGUCUUGUACGUGGUCGGUAGCUCCUUCAUAGUAUUUAUAUCUGCCUUCGUGGCUGCUGCUCGACCAUCGUUUGCAUUGAAUGUCAAGUCCGA